GCAGAUUGUCCUCACGCAAGUGCUUAUCACCUUGCAUACGGCCUUAUCUCUCAGGUCACUACGUAGCGAGGCUUGUGAUGGUCGAUCAAGGGAUGGAAGUCCAGUCUGCGCGAGUGUGAGCCUCUCGCUUUCUCAGUAAUCAACAAUGACUUGGAAGAUCUCAGAAGCGACACUGGCUGACGUUCCUGCAAUAACGUCAAUAUACUCCCACGACGAGCCCACACCUUUCAUCAAGCUUUGUCUGGGAUCAUUGAACGUGCUGGCAUUGAAUUUCAACCAAGCAGCACGCAUCGCUAACAGCUUGCAAGACCCGGAGGAAGCCUGGUUUGUCGCUCGAGAUGAGCGCAACAAGAUAGCCAGUUUUGCCGAAUGGCAGAUGCCAAAGGACGAAGCAGACACGGAAGCGCAGAUGGCAGAAGAGCUGGCCCAAGCACAAGAAGCCUACGGAGAUUCGAUCGCACCGGGAAUGAAUUCAAGUCUCGUUGUUGAGUUUAGACAUCGAGUUACAAAGCUUCGCAAUGACGUGUUACGAGGACAGAGGCAUUACCUGCUCAUGAAUAUUGGGACAGCAAAGACGUGGCAACAAAGAGGAGCGGCGAUGGCGCUCGUAAAGCGAGCGUUUGAUGCCGCGGAUCGAGAAAAGGUUGCCAUAUAUUUGGACACGGUUUCCGAGGGGCCUGCCAGACGGCUUUUUGACAAGCUGGGCUUCGAGGAAGUUGGCAGCUUCGAUAUUGAUCUCAGCAACCAUGGCGGCCAAGGAUUGCACUCGCACGUCGGCGUGAUAAGAUGGCCUUUGGCGAGAAUAUAACUCGUGCCGAACAGGAAGGAGGUAUUGAAGGAACGGUCGUGUGACGAGCGUUUUUACGAGCUGGCCUAGUAGGAUUCCGUAUUUGGUAGCAUUCUCGGGAGAGCUCCUGCUGUUCUGUAGAUCCAGGGUGUUCUCGAGCGUUGCCGCUCCUCCAUGUUUCGAAAUUCAUUUCCCAAACACAACUCCCCCUUUGUGAUUUUAUUAUUAGACUUAAUCAA